CAGACCUAACACAGAGCAAAGUCAGCAGGACUUGGAGACAGACACAGGCCAGCCAAGCAAGUGUGGGUUGAUUGGCAGCUUGAAGCCUGUGCCUGGCUAGCUGGGUGGGAAGUCCCAAGUGCCCACAGACCCGACCCAGAAUGGAUGCCGUGGAUGCCACUGUGGAGAGGCUGCGGGCACAGUGCCUGUCCCGAGGGGUCUCAGGCAUCCGGAGCUUGGCCAGGUUUUUCCGUCGCCUGGACCAGGAUGGGAGCCGAGCGCUGGAUGCCAGGGAGCUCCAGCGGGGCCUGGCAGAAUUGGGUAUGUUGCUGGAUGAGGCCGAAGCAGAGGGUGUGUGCAAGCGCUGGGACCGUGAUGGCAGCGGGACACUGGACCUGGAGGAGUUUCUGCGGGCCCUGAGGCCCCCCAUGUCCCAGGCUCGGGAGGCAGUCAUUGCAGCUGCCUUUGCCAAGCUGGACCGCAGCGGGGAUGGCGUGGUGACUGUGGACGACCUCCGUGGAGUGUACAGUGGUCGCGCCCACCCCAAGGUGCAGAGUGGGGAGUGGCGGGAGGACGAUGUGCUCCGCUGCUUCCUGGACACUUUCGACUCCUCCGAGAAGGAUGGGCAGGUCACGCUGGCAGAAUUCCAGGACUACUACAGUGGCCUCAGCGCCUCCGUCGACACAGAUGAGGAAUUUGUGGCCAUGAUGACCAGGGCGUGGCAGCUGUGAGCAGACUGCCCUCGCUCAGCUGGUGCCCACAGCCGAGGACCCCUCCCACCGGCCAGAGCCGGGGCCCCUCCAGACAGCCCCAGCAGGGACACGAGUGGGAUUUGAGUGGGUGUGGAAUCCACAAGAACUGAGCCUGAGGAAUUGGUGGGACCAGGCCUCCUGCUGGGCCACCAGGUAGAUGUGGGACAAAAGUUCCAAAGGUCACUGGCUCUGGACCCCAGGGCCGCUUGUUGACCAUGGCCCCAGUCACUGCAGGUACCCCCAACUCCCUCCCCUGUGAAUCCCGUAGAGAGCCAGGUGACCCCUGAGGGGGAAGCAAACAGCAGGUCCAAGUGGAGGCCCAGCAUGGAGGCCAGUCUUGGGAGGCGGUCUGGACUCCUGCCCAGGUGUGGAGUGCGGCGGAAGCUGUUCCUGGCUGGGCUGCCUGGCUUCCUGAGGCCUCUGGGGCAUGCAGGAGGCUGGGGUUUUAGUUAAAAGUUUUAAUGUAGUUCCCAAAUACAUUUCAUAUGACAAUCUUACAUAAAUGUUCCAAAACACA